AUGGAGCUACAAGACGUAGAGAAGUGCUGCGGUGUUGUUACCUUGAGAGAAGAUUUCUCAGGCCAGGAACUCGUAAGCUUUAGCGGCAUUCUCAUUCAUCCCAGCACCGGAGCUGUCAUAUGCAUUGGCCUGCCGUUUUUUCGUUUAAUUAUAGGCGAAAAAACAACUUAUGCUAACGAACGUCGCAUCCUGUUGCGUCACAAUUUCCGCGACAAAUUUAAAAUCAGUGUCAGCUUUCCAUCCUCCAGCCAUGUGGAGGCUAAUGCAUGCAGAGCGGGUAAACCCAGCGAAAAACACGGGAAACAGGAGCAUGAAGCUGAGCUGCUGAUGCUGGUGAACUGCGUGGAGUUCAAACAUACUUUCCAAGCACUUUUCCAUCAGGCAGACAAGUGGUGUUUCCAUGGCGACCAGGGUGACGACCUGAUCCAGAAUGUAGACUAUCUCAGCUGGUUUGCCGUGCUCAAGGUAGGAGUGCCAAAUCCUGGCACCGUCUCCUGGUGUAGCAGCUUGUCUCUUCAGAAAGGCUCCCCAGUUGUCGCCUGCGGUUCUCCAUUCGGUUCCCUCUGCUUGGACCUUUUUAAUGGCACUGUGAGCAGGGGCAUCAUCAGCAACCUGGCGGGUGAGGACAAUGCUGUCAUCCUUACAGAUGCCCGCUGUUUGCCAGGCACGGAGGGCGGCGGCUUGUUUGCAAUGGAGGACAACUGCCUUCACCUGAUAGGAGUGAUUGUAUCGCCGUUCGGUUGGAAGGCCAAUGAAUGGAUCGGACUCACUCUUGUUUGUUCCAUCCACUCGAUCCUCGGGAGCAUCGCCAAAUUCGGAGAAAUUCAGGAUCCGCUCCGAGAUGUUUGGCUUAACCCCACAGAGGUCAAUAUGACCAGAAAGUCCAACCUGGGUCAAUACCCAAUUGUGUGUCUGGUGGACAGCGGGCAGCGAUGGGGCUCGGGGGUUCUCGUGACCUCUGAGCUGAUUUUAACUUGCCGACAUGUUGUCGAUGGGAAGUCCACAGUUGGCCUCAAGUUCCACCACAGAGACAGAGUCCUCGACAUUGUUGGCGACGUCCUCUUCUCCACUAAAGCAUCGUCGCCUUACGAUGUCGCUGUGGUGCGGUCUAGAGAAUCCAUUUUUGACGUUGUCAUCCCUCGAAUGGCACACAAGUUCAACAUAGGCGAAUGUGUGUUGGUGUCUGGAUACGGCGGGCUUGGUCAGCGGUGCGGCCCGUCGGUGAGCUGCGGUGUCCUCUCCAAAGCCAUCACGUUCAACCGCCGGGCCAUCAUGCUUCAAACAACGUGUGCCGUACAAGCAGGGACCAGCGGGGGUCCUGUGGUACGAGCCUCCACGGGAGAACUGCUUGGCAUCGUAUGCAGCAACACGAGGGACUUGUCCACCAAGGCAACCUACCCCCACCUCAACUUCUGCAUUCCAAUGAGCGUACUGCAUGGACCUCUGCUCCGAUUUGAACAGUUUGGGGACAUAAAGGCGUUCGAUGUGCUGGACGCCGCAGAGGAGCAAGUGAAAAGGGUGUGGAGGUUACAAGAUAAACAAAGCAAACUGUAG